AUGGACUUUUUGGACUAUAUUGGUUUUUCAACAAAGGACAAUAAUAUUCCCAAUGAAUCUAUGAAAGCUGCAAAUACAAUUGAUUUUUCUGAAACAUCUUCCCCGAUAUGGUUGUUAGGCUUGAUGUAUCAGCCUUGUUUGAUCUGUUCGGAUGAACAAGGAGGAUCCAUGUUGGAUAGCUCAAUGAUGAUGUCCUCAAUGGCAUCGUCGUCUUCAUUCACUGCUACAGGAACGGAGAACUCUUCUACAACAACGGCGACCGUUUCAUCAUUACCGAGUUUUGCCAACGCACCAGAUCAGCAACAAGCACUUCCAACGAAUGGAAGUAUAAAUCAACAAUCAAUGUAUGCACAAUUUCAACAACAAGUUUCAACAACAAAUAACGAUGAUAAUUCACCCAAAACACCCUCAAAAGCAAAACGAUCUUUCUUCUCAAUGCCAAAGAAAAAGAAAACAUAUACCGAUACCGAUUUAGUGAAAAUUUAUCAUAACAAGUUACAAUUGGAGAGCUUUUUGUCUGAUUUUGAAUCAAGAUUUUGGUUUUCAUAUCGAAAAGAUUUUGAACCAAUCUCCAGUAAUCCACUACCAAUGGAACAAAUUGAAUUACAACCUGUCAACAGCAUGGGAAAUUUAAGCUCAAUUAAUAGCACAGGAAGUGGUAUUAUCAGUAGUCAGGGAAGCGUAUUGAGUUCAGGAGCAAGUCAAAAUGGAGAUGACACUCCAUUCUUGACUGGUUCAUUUUCUAACUCUCCUCCUCACGCUCAAUAUUACUACAACAAUUCUAAUAGUGGAAAUCAAUCAACCAAAUCCUCUUCAUCUUCCUCACUAAGCAAACUGUACAGAUACGUGAUUAACUACACCGCUCCCACCUCUGACACUGGUUGGGGUUGUAUGAUGAGAUCAGGACAAAUGUUAUUGGCACAGGCCUUUUUAACACAUUACCUUGGAAGGAAUUUUCGGUUACCAACCACAGAUAGGACGAGAGGAAUGUAUCAAAUUAUUCAAAGUUGGUUCUAUGACUUGGAUGCAUGUCCUUAUUCCAUUCACAAAAUUGCAAGAGCAGGAACCUACUUUGGAAAGAAGGUUGGAGAGUGGUUUGGACCUUCCACAAUCGCCUAUGUGUUGAAAUUGCUCGUGGAGCAGCAUCUGAGAGGUGAAUUUGUGGUUCAUGUGGCGGAUCAAGGUGGAAUCUAUAUUGAUGAAUUACUUGCUAAAUGCGAGUAUGACUAUGAGGAAUUUUCCAUCGAUGUGAACAAUGUACAGAAAGAAAAUACAGAAUCUAUAUAUCCACAAAUUGAGUGUAUAGGCCCAAGAUUGCGGGUGACAAAGAAAUGGAGACCCUUAAUUAUUUUAAUUCCUCUGCGGUUAGGUUUAGAAAAUUUUAACACAGAUUAUAUACCCUCAAUCAAGAAGGUAUUCGAAAUUCCUCAAACAUUGGGAAUUAUGGGAGGAAAACCCAAAUCGUCGCUCUAUUUUAUCGGAUAUCAUGACAAUGAAGUUAUUUAUUUGGACCCUCACACCACACAGAAAUCAUCUCCAAAGGAAGAAACGUAUCAUUGUAAAACACCACUCAAAAUUCCAAUUUCCAAGAUUGAUCCUUCUAUGGCUCUCGGAUUUUUGUGCAGCACAAGACAGGAUUUUGAUGAAUUUUGCAGUUUGGCAAAUCAACACCUCACUCACCGGUCUCAUCCUUUGGUUUGCAUUCGAGAACAAAAGCCCCAAGAGAAAGAUUUGGAUGUUUUGUCAUUUGACGAAUUAUCGGACGAAAAUCGCAAAGAACCUCAUGACGAAGAAGAUGAUGAUAUUGUGUUUGUGUAA